AAUGAAGAAUCAUUUAGGAACUAGACAAGUAGCAGAGAGAAUCUGCAACAUGACGGUGAGGUUAAACAGUAAUGUACAUUGAUAUUAUCAAAGGGCACUGAAUUAGUGAAUUCUCUGGUCUCCGUCUUCUCUCUUAUUCACACACACCCAAACACUCGUAUAUAAACACAUAUGCACACUGUCACUAAUGCCUCUCUCUCUCUCUCAAUCUCUUUCCUCUCUCCUCUCUCCUCUCUCCUCUCUCCUCUCUUUCUAUUUUCCUAUAUAUUGACAAGCUUGCGAUCUCUCUUCGCAAGAUCUGUCUGAAACAGUGAGGGGGUUCCUAGGUUUCCAGAGGAAAGUAAAAAUGUCUUUACUCAAGUACUUGUGUUUUAGAAAGGUACUCUUGUUUCUCUAUUUCUUUCUCUUCCUCUUCUCUUCUUCUUCUUUCUUUGCCUCAUCAGAAACCUCUGUUCACGAUGAGCUACAACAAACACGACCCUUAGAUCCUCAUUUUCGAGUGAGGAGAUUGUUGGUGAAAGAUCUGGAUUCAGGUGGUGACGAUGAUGAAACUAAUCUUCCUCCUCCUCCUAAGAAGAAGAAGCUUACUGGCUCUGUUUCAUCAUCAUCAUCAACAACAUCUGGUACUAAGAAGAAUCAAACCAAGCUUAUUAAACCCAUCUCAUCUUCUUCUUCCACCAAGCUAAUCAAACCCAUCUCUUCUUCUUCCACCAAGAACCAAACCAAACCCGCCAAGACCUCCUCCAUGGGUACGUCUCAAAAACUCAACUCCACCAAAUCUUCUUCCAACACAACCAAGGCUGGCUCCGAGCUCAAGAAGCUCAAUUCCGGAACAAAACCCACAAAUUCCACAAAACCCGUUACUAAUUCUAUCAAGAAAUCAGCAGAUCUGUCCAAAUCAAGCUCAUCCAAAAACAAAACCACCACAAAACCCCCAAGUUCCAAGCUUUCUUCACCUACUUCAGAGAAGAAAUCACCAUCCUCAAAAAAACCAGUGACCAAAUCGAAACCAAUCGAGAAAGAAAUCAAACCAUUCUGGCUCGACGACGAGGAAGACGAAGAUUUCGUCAGCGAAUUCAGAGAUCUACCUACUAAAUUCCAAAGAUCCUUGAUCCCAGACCUAGAACGUUUCUCAACCACAUCCAAGAACUACAUCAACAAAGCCAACAAAGAGAUCACCCGAAACUUCAAACCCUACUUCGGCAACAAAUACGCACCAACCAUAGCUUCCGUAGUCUCCUUCGUCUUCAUCCUCGUACCUCUACUCCUAGUCUCUCUCAUUUUCAACAGAUUCAAAGCCUACUUCUCACUCCAGAAGAUCCUAAUCUUCAUCCAAAUCUACCUAUCGAUCUACUUCUCAAUCCUAUGCAUCUCAUCGCUCGUCACUGGAAUCGAACCGCUCAAGUUCCUCUACGCAACGUCGAGCUCCACCUACGUUUGCUUGCAGAUCCUGCAAACCCUAGGCUACGUCUUCUACCUCCUGCUUCUUCUCAUGUACCUCGUUCUCGUCUUCUCCACGGACUGUGGUUUGGGCCUCAAAGUGUUGGGCCUGGCUCAGACCUUCGUGGGCUUUGCAGUGGGUUUGCAUUAUUACGUGGCUGUGUUUCAUAGGGUGGUGCUUCGUCAGCCUCCGAGGACGAACUGGAAGAUCCACGGUGUUUAUGCCACGUGUUUUCUUAUGAUUUGUCUGUUAUCUAGUGCAGAGAGGAGGAAGAAAGAGUACUUGGAAGAAGGCGGUGACGAAGGGAAGAAAAACUGAAAUUUUCUUAUAUUUUUAAUUUUUCUCCUCUUUUUUUGUAUCUUUAUAUUUUAAAUUCCGGCAAAUUUUAGCUGAGAAAAUGCAAUAGAAAGACAAUUACUGGUGGAUGGUUGGAAACUUUAUAUAUAUAUAUAAAACUUCAAUUGUA